GAGAUACAUAGCAACUGGACUUCGUCAGGAUUAUUAAACAGCAGAAGAGCGAUAUGACAGAAUACAGGAAUUUUCUUUUGUUUUUCGUGGUAUACUUGCGCGUAAUGUGUCCAUGCGAAGGAAUAUCAUGGCUCGGUUUAACGGUAAAAGGGAGCUCGGUCGGAUGGAAUCAAACGCUUCACUGUAAACUCUUGGACGGUCUCGUGCCAGAUCAGCAGCAGCUGUGCAAACGGAACCUCGAGCUCAUGCACAGCAUCGUGCACGCGGCCAAACUCACUAAGAGCGCGUGCCAGGGAACCUUCAGCGACAUGCGUUGGAACUGCUCCUCCAUCGAGAGCGCCCCCCACUUUACUCCUGACCUGGCAAGAGGGACGCGUGAGGCAGCAUUUGUGUUCUCUCUAGCCGCUGCAGUGGUCAGUCAUGCCAUAGCACGUGCCUGUGCAUCUGGAGAACUCCCCAGCUGUUCCUGUGCUUCAGCGCCAUCAGAGCAGGCAACCCCAGAUUUCCGUUGGGGUGGCUGUGGAGAUAAUGUCCAUUAUGGCAUUCAGAUGGGCUCCGCUUUCUCAGACGCGCUCAUGAGGAACCACCGUUCUGGACCACAGGCCUUUAGACUCAUGCAGCUUCACAACAAUGAAGUGGGAAGACAGGUGCUUAUGGAUGCUCUAGAGAUUAAAUGCAAAUGUCAUGGUGUUUCUGGGUCCUGCUCUGUGAAGACUUGCUGGAAGGGCCUUCAGGACAUCAACCCUAUCUCCACAGACCUCAAAUCUAAAUACCUGUCGGCCACCAAGGUCAUUCCGCGUCAGAUAGGUACCCGCCGACAGCUGGUCCCCCGGGAGAUGGAUGUGAGACCGGUCGGAGAAAAUGAACUUGUCUACCUUGUCAGCUCACCUGAUUACUGCUCCCAAAAUGCAAAGCAGGGGUCAUUUGGAACCACAGACAGGCAGUGUAAUAAAACCGCGACAGGCAGUGAGAGCUGUGGGCUCAUGUGUUGUGGGCGGGGCUAUAAUGCCUAUACAGAGGUGCUGGUGGAACGCUGCCAGUGUAAAUAUCACUGGUGCUGUUACGUCUCCUGCAAAACCUGCCACCGUACGGUUGAAAGAUAUGUCUGCAAGUGACAAACUAGUAUAUGCAUAGUCUCCAUCAAUAAGCGAUGGAGAUCACAGAGAGGGAGAGAGAGAUGGUACAAUGCUGGUCUCUCAAAUUUGUAUGAUCUUUUUUGAGCCAUGAGUGAGUGGAUGAUCCUCUCUAAGUGCCGAAAGAAGAGCUGGAGUUAAGGAAUAAGGGAUGGUGAAGAAUCUCCCGUUGAAAGAGAGUUAAUGAAUGGCUGUAAAAUAAAGAACCCCGUAGUGAGGCUCCAAAGGCACCCCGCAGAAAACCAGUGAUAAGUACUGGCUGAUCGCAGCAAAAACUCAUCAACUGCUGCACAGAGAAUGAGACUGGGGGAAGGGUAAAACUGAUAGUUUCUUGCUGGUAAAGUCUUACUUUGCUGCAUUAAUAAUGUACACAUAUUAAAUCACCUCUUACAUCUAAUGGUCAGAUAAAACAAUCAAAUUCUUGUCUGAAAAAUGUUAUGGUUACACUGCUAUGAGGGAUGGAAAUCAAACAGUUUGGUUGACUUCAAAAGUUUUUUAGACUCAGUAUUGAUAAUGAAGGAUUGAUGAUAAUAUGCUUAUAGUAAUGUCUAAGAACUGCUGUUGCUGAACUGCUUGAUCAGCUCAGUUUUUUUGUAUUCAUGAAAAGAAAGAUUAAGGCCUGCCUUUCAACCCAGGGAAAAUUGUAUGUUGUAUAUUUGAUGUAAAAUAGAAAAGUUGUAUUUAUUUUAUUAAAAUUAUUUAAUGAGGAGAGAACGAGACUGAUUUAAUAUCUGAAAGCAAAUGUUUUCUUGAAACAAUAAUUGAAGGGCUGGAUCAUUCAGCUUUGCUUAAAGUAAGUCAAAAGCAGUUCAAGAGGAUUUAUGUUUGCCAGAACUGGCUGAUUACUCAAUAUGUUAAACAUCCAAAUCACCAUUUUAUAGCGUGUGUGUGCAUUCUCUGGUCUUUCAUCAACAUUCUUUCACAUCAAAGACAUUUUCAGGAUAUCAGUGCAAUAGGGAGAUUCAAAACCCAGAUUGUCGCCAUUCAACAACAGCUACAGGAGAAAGAGAUUGAGGGGUAACCUGUUCUGCAGUUCCCUUUGUCCUUUGAUUUGUCUGAUAUUUAUCUCGCCAUUGUAACAAAAAGACAAAGGAGCACACACAGACCCUCUGAGGGGGUUUAGCUUUGCUUAACAUCUUACAAGUAAAGUAUUUUGUAUAUUUUAAAGAUGCUUGUUGAUAUAAAAAAUAAACUACACUUCAACUGACAGAGAGGAAUUGUGAGUAAUACUGCUAAAAUAUUAGCAG